AGUGGACGUCGGGUGGACGGCGCUGGACUGCGGCGGCGAUGCGCGCGGGCGGUGCGGCGCCGCCGCCGGCCGUCGGCCCCCGCCGGCGCCUCUGAGCGCCGGACGGCCACGUCCGGCAGAGGUCACUGACCAGGGCCAGGUCCGGCCGUCGCGGCCGGCAGCUGCUUAGACUGGGGACGCCGGGAGCGAAAUGCGGGGUCACGAUGCCGAUUGGUGCCGUAGAUGAGGCCGUCGCCCGACCACGAAGCCAGGUGCACUGCAAACAUUGCCAAGAUUCCGGUCUGCGUAUUAUUAGUAACAACCGGGAGUUCUGGUUACUGGGGAAUCCAGCUGGACCCGGACCUUCUGCUGACCAUAUCGUCGCUGUACCCCGAGUGGUUUAGGAACUUCGACUUUGAACAGGCCGAGAUGGCAGAGGGAGGGGGCUCGCCGCCCCCCAUCAUCCCGCUGUCGCCGCCGCAGGGAGAGGUGGACGACUCGCCGCUGCACAAGCAGAUGGACCGCAACAAGGAGUCGCUGAAGGUGAAGCUGAUGACGCGGCGUCCGAUGAACCAGCUGGUGGACCAGGGCAUCCUGCCGUCGCUGAAGGCGUCACCGGCGCUGUACGAGCAGCGCCAGCGGCUGGAGCGCGCCAAGACGGGGGACCUGCUCAAGGCCAAGAUCCAGCGGCGGCCCGACCGGCAGGAGCUGGUGCGUCAGCACAUCCUCGAGGACACGGGCAACGUGCACCCGGCGCUGGUCGAGAAGCAGCGCCGGCUGAAGAAGGCGCGCCUGGCUGACGCACUCAACGACCAGCUGUCGCACCGGCCGGGCGUGCUCGAGCUGAUCAAGGCCAACAUCCUGCACACGGACGAGACCGUGGAGAAGGCCGUUAAAGAGGGCGCCAUCGACUUCCGCCCGACGUCGCAGGGUGAGGUGCGCCGCAAGCCGCCGGUGGCGUUCGGCGGCCUGCGGCCGGAGGACGAGUCGAGCUCAGACGCGGGCAGCCCGGACGGCCCGCCGCCGCCGUCGCCGGCGCCAGCCCCGGCCGCGGCCGCCGCCCCGCCGGUGGCCGCCGCCAUCUCGCCCGGCGGUGGCAGCAGCAUCAGCACGCUGAGCCCGCUCAGCUCCGUCAGCAGCCCCCAGUCGCUGGGCACCAUCAGUCCAGGACCGAGCGUGGCCAGCGCGUCGAUCCUCUCCGGCCGGCCGGCCUCCGUGCUCUCCCACCUCGGCACGCCGCCGCAGCGCUCCGAGGCGCCCGGCAAGGAGCUGCACAACAAGAAAAAGAAAAAGUCCACCAAAAUGGCGCCCAAGUCCAAGACGAUAAAGUUCCAUGAGUACAAGGGUCCGCCCAACGCCACCAAGUGCCAGGCGCUGCCGACGGCGGCCGACGGCGAGAGCUCGUACGAGCUGCUCCUGCAGCAGCAGCAGCUGUUCCUGCAGUGGCAGCUGGAGUGGCAGCACAAGUACCCGCAGAUCAUCCUGCCGGCGUCGCAGAAGCCGCCCUCGACGGGCGCCGCGGCGGCCGCCACCACGGCCACGGCCAGCCAGAGCUCGGCCGGCUCGCCGCCGCCGCCGCCGCCACCUCCGCCGCCGCCGCCGCCAGAUCCGCGCUACGCCAAGCUGGAGGAGAUGAAGGUGAGCGACCUGCGUGUGGAGCUGAAGCGGCGCAACAUGCCGGUGUCGGGCAGCAAGCCGCAGCUGAUCGACCGGCUCAAGCCGUUCGUGGACCAGAUCUCGCCCCCGGGCCGCGCCCAGUCGCCGGCGGUGCGCUCCGCCGCCGCCGCCGCCGCCGCCGCUGUCGCCAGCUCUGCGGCCGCAGCCCACACGGCUGCCAGCUCGGCCGUCACCACCGUGAGCAUACCGAUCUCCGUGACGACCGUGCCGGCCGGCGUCAGUCGCCUCAUCCUGGACACGGGCCAGCUGCAGGUCACCGACGGACAGCCGCAGCAGUACCAGCAGCCGCAGACCAUCCAGUUCGCCCCGGAUGUGGUGUCGCUGGCCAUGAGUCAGGCGGCCGCCGCCAGCCCCGGCAGCGUCGGCUCGUCGCACAGCGUGUACGACGAGACGUCGCAGUCCCAGUCGUUUGGACACAGCCAAGGAUCUGAGGGGCCCGUCUCGCCGAUCUUCGAUGUGCCCAUGACCCCGGGCGAGGCGCCCAUGGACAUGGAGGAGCAGCAGCAGCAGCAGCAGCCGUUGGUGACCGAAGAGGCGAUACAGCUGCAGCACCAGCGGGUGGAAGAGCUGAAGCAGGAGCUGCAGCGGUCGCAGCAGAUCUUGCAGCAGCAGCAGAACCUGCUGCGAAUGCAGAGCGGACAGCAGACGUCGACGCAGCAACAGCAGCAACAGCUGCAGCAGCAGCAGCAGCAGCAGCAGCAAUCUCCUCCGACGUCGACGGCCGGGCAGCCGCCGCAGCAGGACGCCAAGCGACUGCUGCUGCAGCAGCACCUGCAACAGAAGCUGGCCGCCCAGAAGCUGCAGACGCAGCUGCAGAUGUUGCAUCAGCUGCAGUCAUUGCAGCAGCAGCAACAGCAGCAACAGCAGCAGCAGCAGCAACAACAGCAGCUACAGCAGCAACAGCAGCAGCAGCAGCAGCAGAACCACAUGUCUCACCAGCGCACUGUGUCGCUUCCAACAUUUGCCGGUCUGCUGACCCAGCUGCAGCAGCACCAACAGCAGGCAGCAACAGCGGCGGUGGUGGCGCGGCGCCGGAGUCGCCGCGCCGCGAGGAGCGGCACCGGCCGCUCCAGCGCACCUUCACCGAGCCGGCCGGCUUCGUCCGACCGCCCCCCGACUACAUGGAGGCCACGCGCACAAAGCCCGCCGGCGCCAAGUCAGGCGAUGGACGACGUGCUCGAGAUCCUCAUCAAGAACGGAGAACUGCCGCCGAGCGCGGCCAUCGACGACUCGCACAACAGCCGCGACCCGGUGCUGCCCAGCGCGCAAGACCCGCUGGAGCUACUGCUCAUCGAGGGCGUCGACCUGAAGAUGGGCGUCGAGGGCAACGCGGCCAUGCAGUGGGACCGGCUCGACUUCCCCGCGUAG